AUGGGAAAUGAACUAACUUGGCAAGUGAAAUCUUUGGAAAAGAAACAUGUUUGUGCACGUAAAUACAGCCUCGGGUCAUUGAUAACUCCAAGUUGGAUUGCUAACCAUUAUCUUAGUGACCUAAUUCGCAAUCCCAAAACGAAAGUCAAAGAAAUGAAAGCUGAUUUUUUACAGAGAUAUUCUUUAAAGCUUAGCAAAGGUCAAUGUGAGAGGGUAAGGACCUUAGCAUUUACACUAAUUGAUGGCAAGUUAACUGAUCAUUAUGCUAGAAUAUGGGAUUACGGUAAUGAAGUUUUAAGAUCAAACCUAGGAAGCACUGUUGAAAUUGGAGUCAAUGUCAAUCCGGAUGCAAAAUAUUUCAAAAGAAUCUACAUUUGUUUGAAGGCUUUAAAAGAGGGAUGGUUGAAAGGAUGUCGUAAGGUGAUUGAUUUAGAUGGAUGUUUCUUGAAAGGGAAAGUUAAAGGAGAGUUGCUAGCUGCUAUUGGUCGAGAUGGAAACAAUCAAAUUUACCCCAUUGCAUGGGCGGUUGUGAACGUAGAAAAUAAAGAUAAUUGGAAGUGGUUCAUUGAAUUAUUACAAUCAGAUAUUGAAACAGUUCAAGGAAAUGGGCUUACUUUAAUAUCAGAUCAACAUAAGGGUCUUCUUGAAGCCGUAAAGGAGGUGAUGCCAUAUGCUGAGCACCGACAAUGUGCCCGUCAUAUUUGUGCCAAUUUUUACAAGCGUUUCAAUGGAGAGAUUUAUAAAACCUUAUUUUGGCAAGCUGCAAAGUCCACAACAGAUCAAGAGUUCAAAAACAAUAUGGAAAAGAUGAAAAAGUUGAAUAAUGAUGCAUAUGAUGAUCUCAUGAAAAGAAAUCCUAAAACAUGGUGUAGGGCCUAUUUUGAAACAGAUAGGGCAUGUGAGGCUGUAGAAAAUGGAAUAUCUGAGUCUUUUAACUCUGCAAUCAUUGGUGCUAGGGGAAAACCUUUGAUAACUAUGUUAGAAGAGAUUAGACUUCAUGUGAUGGAGAGGUUCGAUGCAAUGAUAAGGAACACAAAUUCAUGGAAAACUAUUGUUGCUCCAAACAUAAUUAAAAAGAUGAGAAAAUGGCACAAAAAUAUGAGGAAUUGGAUUGUUAUCCCAAAUGGGCCUCUAUUGGAGGUUAGAAAUGGUUAUGAAGGAUAUAUGGUAGACUUGGAAGGUUGGGCAUGCGCAUGUAGGCUAUGGGUAUUGUCUGGCCUUCCAUGUGUAUAUGCAUGUGCGGCUAUAAACCAUACCCACAAAAAUCUCCUUGACUAUGUAAGUGAUUGGUUCAAGAAGGAAAAAUAUCAGUUGACUUAUAGCACUUCCAUUGUUCCCUUAAAUGGAAGCAAUUUAUGGGUUAAAACUCCAUAUGAUAAGCUAUUGCCCCCAAAAGAACGUAGGAUGCAAGGAAGGCCUUCUAUUAAAAGAAAAAGAGACAAGAAUGAAAAACAGACAAAGUAUCCAACCAUUUCGGGUAAAGGGAAAAUAAAGAAGUGUCACAACUGUUUACAAGAAGGGCACAAUGCUAGGACAUGCAAGAAUGAAAAGGUUGUGCCCCCUCCUAAGGAAAAGAAGCCUCCCGGUAGGCCUAAAAAAACAAACUCUGAUGAAAGACCUCCGAGAGGACCAUCUGCAGCUACAAGUGGUGGUAGUGGCGGAAAAGGACCAACAUGGGUAAGAGGUGGAAGAGGAUCAUCUGCAGGUACAAGUGGUGGUAGAGGAGGAAGUUCAUUUAUUGAUGAAAUCUUUGAUUCAUCAAUGGAAAAUGAAGUUAUAGACAUGUUCGAUAAUUUUGAGGAAGAACUACGUAGGGCUGAAAUGGAAAUGAGAGAAGGUGAACCUAUGUUGCAAUUCCCUGAAUCUCAAUUUGAUGAAGGAGUUUCGAUAACUCAAGAUGAUGGAGUGGCCGAAACUCAAGAUCUAGUGCCUGAAACUCAAUUUGAUAUUGAAAAUGCUAAUUUGGAAGAUCAAUCUAAUGUGGUUGGCGGGAUAGGUAUUGAUGUACAUGUUAUCCGUGAAAAGCUCAAGCCAAGAAAGCCAUCUGAAAGGAUUAUUUAG